AUGCGUACCCAUCUCUUUCUUUCUUUCUUUCUUUCUUUCUUUCUUUCUUUCUUUCUUUCUUUAUUUAUUUAUUUAUUUAUUUAUUUAUUUAUUUUUACCUUACUAUUUUUUGCAUCUAUCUAUCUAUCUAUCUAUCUCUAUCUAUCUAUCUAUCUAUCUAUCUAUCUAUCUAUCUAUCUAUCUAUCUUAUUUUUCGCUUUCUUUUUUUCCUAUUUACAUUUUUUCAUACGAUUUAUCUAUCGGAAAUUGAGAUUUUUUCAUAUAAAAAUUCUUUUUUUAUGCCUGACUGCUUCUUUUUUCUUUCUUUCUUUCUUUCUUUCUUUCUUUCUUUCUUUCUUUAUUUUACCUGUUUCUACCAUUGAGUCUUUUUUCUUACUAUCAAUGUAUCUAUCUGAUUUUCUUUCUUUUUUUCUAUGUAAAUUUCUUUUUUUCUUACGAUCUAUGUGUCUCUAUUCUUUCUCGCGAACUGUUGAAAUUUAUUUAUUUUUCUCUGUCUGUCUUUCUUUUUAUGGCUGUGUAACUUUUUCUCUUCCCUUCCUUCCCUCCUUUCUUUCUUUCUUUCUUUCUUUCUUUCUUUCUUUCUUGCUUUGUUUCUUUUUAUCUAUCUAUCUAUCUAUCUAUCUAUCUAUCUAUCUAUCUAUCUAUCUAUCUAUCUAUCCGUCUAUCACUUUAUACAUUUCUAUCUAUCUAUCUAUCUAUCUAUCUAUCUAUCUUCAUUUUUGUACUACUUCAUUCCUUUCAUGCAUACGUUCCUUAAACUCGUCAUUAUAUAUAAUUCUCUCUCUCUCUCUCUCUCUCUCUCUCUCUCUCUCGGUAUCUAUCUAUCUAUCUAUCUAUCUAGUGAGAAAAAGAGGAAUUUGA